AUAUGGAUGUUGAGGUUAAAUCUCGCGAGCCUGAAGAUGCUCAACUUCCGCUCCGUGCCAGUGGACACGCACCAUCAGAAACAACCGUAUUCUGCUUGUUUCCAUUUACUCUCAUACACUCACUCUAUAAAAUAAUCUUUCUUACAGUUCGGAAAAGCUAGAGCGAAUUACACCCAUUGCGCGGACAUUCGCGUGUUUAAUCAUUGCACAGGAUUUGCGCUGUGAGAGAAACACGCUUGCAGCUUGCGUUUUCAUCUGCCGUUAUUGACCCAUACCCUACUGGCUGUCAUCAGUGUGUCUCAGUCUAUGGCUCAGCUGAACAAAGAGGAAACAGCACACCAAAGAUUACUGAAGAAGGUUCAUGUUAGGCAGAAACUCUCUCAAGCAUGUUUGCCAGUGGUCCACUUCCUGAGACGGCACAAAACACAAGGGGAUACAUGUAUACGGAGGCCACCUCUCCACUCCUCUUGACCUCCAGCAGAAAAGCAUCUUAUUCCUCACCCUGAAGAAGAGUAUGGCUGAGACUCGGAGCUGGUAACUGCUGGCUACAGCAAGGCAAGAACGGGAGAUGUCAGGUCCUCUACAUGCCUGGGAUGAGUCGAGAGGAAUGCUGCCGGAGUGGGAGGCUCGGUACAUCUUGGACCGAGGAAGAUGUGCCAAACAGCACAUUAUUCAGGUGGAUGAUCUUCAAUGGCGGUGCUCCAAACUGCAUACCUUGUAAAGAGACAUGUGAUAAUGUGGACUGUGGCCCUGGGAAGAGAUGUAAAAUGAACAGGAGGAGUAAGCCUCGCUGCGUCUGCGCCCCAGACUGCUCCAACAUCACCUGGAAGGGGCCGGUGUGCGGCUCAGAUGGAAAAACAUACCGAGAUGAAUGUGCCCUUUUGAAAUCCAAAUGCAAAGGGCACCCGGAUCUGGAGGUGCAGUAUCAAGGCAAAUGCAAAAAGACGUGCCGUGAUGUCCUGUGUCCGGGAAGUUCGACUUGUGUGGUGGACCAGACGAACAACGCGUACUGUGUGACAUGCAACCGCAUAUGCCCAGAGGUUACGUCUCCGGAUCAGUACCUUUGUGGCAACGACGGGAUUGUUUACGCCAGCGCGUGCCAUUUAAGGAGAGCCACGUGCUUGCUCGGCAGAUCCAUAGGAGUGGCAUACGAAGGGAAAUGCAUCAAGGCCAAGUCAUGCGAUGAUAUCCAGUGCAGCGUGGGGAAAAAGUGUCUAUGGGACGCCAAGAUGGGUCGCGGGCGGUGUGCGGUUUGUGUGGAGUCAUGCCCGGAAAGUCGCUCGGAGGAGGCCGUGUGCGCCAGCGACAACACCACGUAUCCCAGCGAGUGCGCCAUGAAGCAGGCCGCUUGCUCUUUGGGGGUUCUCCUGGAGGUUAAGCAUUUAGGAUCUUGCAACUCCAUUACUGAAGACCAGGAGGAAGAUGACGAUGAGGAAGACCAGGACUACAUGGCUUAUAUCCAAUUAUCACCUGUACUGGAUGGAUAAAGCCCCAUCAACCAGUGGAACAGUCCUAGGGCACGGAAUCAUGUCCACACUGUACAUAUGUGUAUGCUAAUUUAUUUUUCAGAGAAAAAAGAAAGAAGUAUACAUGUAGUUCAGUCUGCUCGAUGUUUAUUUAUACAGUGUUCUGAUUUAUAAUUUAUACAUUUACAGUGUCUGGCUUACUUGUCUAUCAUGUUAUUUUGUUAUCACUUAUGUUGUCUUUCCCUUUUCUUUCUUUUUUUUAUUAUUAUGACCGAGAAAUAUAUUUGUCCAAAGAGAAGCAGUGUUAUUUAUUGUGAGGUAAAAUGCUAUCAUGUAAAGUGUGAGUCUUCUGCAAGCUGUAAAUUGCAUUCCCUGAGCUGUAUAAAUGCUUAUCAAUGUCAAUUCUGUAUCACAGAUGUUUAUUUCACACAUACCUGCAUGUUAGCUUGUGAGUUUAUUUAUUGGAAAAAAAUGUCACUCUUUAAUGUACAUGUAUAUUUCUGGUUUUGUUUACAGUUCAGUGUAACUGACCAAAGGGAUUUUCUUGAACGUUCUUCAAUGUUUUGUGAUAUGGUACAGCAGGAUAACAUUGAAAAUGAGCCGUUUCUCAUAUAGGAAACCCCUGACGAUUAACAACAACAGUUCGACGAUAGGGUAGAAAUUAGCAGUGGGUGAUACUUGUUUGAGAAAACUGUGCCAUGCAACUUUUUUUUUUCUUGUUUUUGCCAAUAUUCUGCUCUAUAUUGCUCUUGCAGAGCUAAAGAAAAGGUCAUACAGAGGACUCCGUAUCAAUAUAUAAAAUGUUCACUUUUUCACUGUUUUCACUUUGUUGUCAAAAUGCAUUUUUAUUUUCAGACAUCUCGAGAUAAAAACAAAAUUCAGUUAUAAAUAUAUAGUUUUGUAUUUUUAUGUAAAUGUCAUAUGUAUAUACAAAGUUUGAUGUAUUUGUACAGAUAUUAAGAGUGAAAUCAAUAAAAAAAAAAUACUUAUCAA